AUGGAGGCAGGUGCUGCUUUCUUCUUGAAACUGGAGGGUUCUAUGUUGGACCGCAGGCUUGGUUGUUUCUCGAGGGCUUCAUCAGGCCUGGAUCUUCAAGACGUUGUGACUUCCUGCCACGGCCUCGGCGGUCUUGAUGUCAUCAAGGCUGAGUCUGCCCUCUACGGAUGCGAUGCCGCCAAGCCCAUCUCCACCUCCAUCUCUGACUGUGUCGUCAUUACCUUCAGCACUGUCGUCCCCUCCAAUACUGACAGUGUUCCUGGCCCUGUCCCUCCGGCCCGUAUUGUGAGGAGAGCUGGAAGUGCGCAUCUGAGUUUGCUGCCGAGCCCCAGUGCGCCGGUUCUAUUAUUGAGAAGACCGCCCCUUACCAUUGUCGUGGACGUUCCAGGCGCUCGCGAAGCCAGCAUGAUCAACGACGUUCCUUUUUCCGUUGAGACCCUUUGCAAGUGUGACUUCGCCAAGCCAGCUCUCACCGAGUGCGGCUCUAGACCCGGCCCUACCGGCGGCAGCAGCGCUGACCCCAUCACCACUACCUCUGCUCCCGUCCCUGGCCGCGGCUACGGCGGUGGUUCAAAUCCUUCCAGCUCUGGCUCGUCCCACUGCCCUGCCGCUAUCUCUGUCCCUGGGGGUCACUGCGGCACCGACAAUUGGGUUUGCGCUGAGCAGUUCAAGGCUAUUUUCCAGUGCGCCGUCAGCUUCAUCCAGGACGCUUCCGUUUCCGUCGGCUGCAAGAAGGGUGAACAAGGAGGAGACUCAAGGUCUUGUCUCAGCCAUGUCCUGUCUGGCUAA